ACGCGCGUGAACACAGGUAGCCUACCGGUAGUCACGUUGGAGUCCUCAGCACCAAUUUGCGCCAUUGUCAGCGCUCAAGCAGCAGUCAAACACCUUCUCACAUAACACACUAAACAGUCACAUUCACUUUCUAAGGUAGGAUCUAAUUUACAAUGGCUGAUAACCUUAAUUGCAGCAGCGGUAACUGCUCCAGUGCGCAGGAAGUGUUCGGUUUAUCCGAGGGACACUUUGCGCUCGUGAAAGCUGCAGUUCUUGGGUGCAUUUUCGUGCUGGCAACAUUUAGCAAUUUAUUUCUCCUCCAUGCCCUUUGGAAAAGACGGAAAAGACGGACUCGAACUCAGCUGUUUCUUCUGCACCUGUGCUUGGCUGACCUGGUGGUCGCUUUCUUCCAGGUCCUGCCGCAGUUAUCCAUGGAGAUUACGCACCGGUUCAAAGGCUCCGAUCUGGUGUGCAGAGCGGUUAAGUAUCUUCAAGUGGUCGGGAUGUUCGCGUCCACGUACAUGAUCGUGGCCAUGACCAUAGAUCGCUAUCACGCGGUCUGCAAGCCCAUGGUGUCGUUCUUUAGAGGGUCUUUCCGCAGGUAUGUUGCCAUAAGCGCAGCAUGGCUCAUCUCCAUGGCGUUCAGCGCUCCGCAGAUGUUCAUCUUUUCUCUCCAAGAAGUUGAGAAGAAUGUUUUCGACUGCUGGGCGACGUUUAUUGAGCCUUGGGGAGGCAGAAUAUACAUAACGUGGAUCACUCUGUCCGUGUUUGUUCUGCCAGCCGUAAUCUUGAUGUAUUGUCAGAUAAAGAUUUGCGCAGGGAUCUAUUUCAACAUGAAGAGGAAAGCCUUGCAGAGCAGCACAGGUGAUGGGCGCUCCAGCUCUAAAGGGAUAUCAAACGCGAUGCUGAAGACUGUCAAAAUGACUUUUAUUAUCAUCCUGGUGUACACCCUCUGCUGGAGCCCGUUCUUCGUGGUCCAGCUCUGGUCAGCUUGGAGUCCAAGCAGUGCGCCCACGCAAGGGCCAGUGUUUGUCACUAUCAUGCUCCUCGCCAGUCUUAACAGCUGCACAAACCCAUGGAUCUACCUGUACUACAGCUAGAACCUCAUGACCGUUCCUGCUGCUGAAGACUGUAUGGUCUAAGCAAACACUUAUAAACCAAUUUUCAAGCCUUUUCUAACAAGUGAAGUGAUUUUGGCUAUGGAAAGUUGCUGCAUAAUUUGGCAGGGUCAUUUGUUCCUAUAAAAAUAAGAAAUAUGUUACUUUUACUGCUAUAAAGAGAAUGAAGGAGAUCUAUUUCCUUUUCAUUGUUGCAUGUGCAUGUGCUAAACUGUAAAUGUAUGUAACUGUAGAUGUUCAAAGACUGAGGUUUCCUUGGAAUUUCUGACUGAUGAUAUGAGUAAUGGCACCUCAGCUUUGUGUGGUAAUAUGCCCUGUGAUUUAUUGGAAAUGAACCGGCCAUUCUACACUAAGUGACUCAUUACCAUCAUAAAGUCUUGUAUCAAGAAUAGUGGCUC